AGGCAGGCAGGAGUGCGCACACUCGCCAGAGAGAUCCUGCCAGCUGUUACGUGUACAUUUACCAGCGAGAGGACAAGGCAACAAAACAAAACGCCAACAGUCAAUGUUUGGGGUCAUGACAUCAUCAGCUUGCAGGCCAGGUGGUGUCGUCACGCAGACCGUAAGAAGGCUCAGGCUGGAGAUUUGCCACCGUUUUGCAGCCCACGUUAACCAAAACACGAUCUGAAUUAGAGCACACCAGUUUGGCCCGCGACGCUGCGGUUUGUGCGCAACACGUGUCGACUCCGACGCGGGAGUGGCCUUUGGGAAGGCGGACGCCAUCAGGCGCGGGACUGAGGAUUGACUCGCGUCGUUGCUUUUCUUGCCGUGACCCGAGGAGAUCUGAAAGCAGACGAUGCACAUUAGCGGGGUUCUCCUCCUCCUCUGUGUGAUCCCGGUGGUUCCGUCUCAGCAAUGGAAACAGGAAACGCCACGCUGGUACCCAAAAGAGCGCCAAGAGGCCAAGGCUUGCACCAAUCUGACCCAAAUACUGGACAACUGGAAAUUUGCCAUUUUAACUCGAGCGAAGGAGCUGCUCAUCAACGACCACGCGUCCGUCCUUCCCGAAUACAGCCGGAUCGGCCCUCUGUCCGACGCUCUGCGGGAGCUCCACGGACGGUUUGACGCCCUCAAGGACCACCUGGCGGGCCUCACGGCGAAAUUCGACAGCGUGGAGGCUUUCGUGGACCGCGUCAAGGAAGGCGGCUUCGCGCCGAGCGGUCGACCAGGAGCUGGUCUCAGGUCGGCCCGGAUGAGGCCCUUGAAGCCGAUCAGAGUGAGACGAAGAGGGCCGCGCAAGCCCUAGUGUUAUUUUCUUCCCUUCUUGGUUGCUAUCACAAAAAAAGGUUUGGGAAAUGUG